UUCUCUUCUUCUUGAUUCUUGAACACUGCGCUUUUUGUUAGCUUUUUUCUCUCUGGUUUAUUUUCCAUGGAAGGACCUUGAGCUCUGCUUCUCUUCUCUCGUCAAAGUUCGUGUCUUUUUUUCACUAUACACUCACUCUUUCUCUCUCUCUCUCUCUCGUUUAUUUGAUCUUCUAUUGUGUUCUUCGUCUUCUCCUUCUCUCUCAAGAUAAAAACAAAGUCCUGCAAAAACUUGAGAUCUGAUGUCUUAUCGAUUACUAAGUGUGGAUAAGGAGGAACUGGAUAUAUCACCACCUGGUUUGAAAGUACGUAACUACUUUGGCCUCUCUGAUUGCUCCUCUGUUGAUAGCUCAACCAUUCACAACCGUGUUCAAGAUGGUGAGAAGACGAGCAAUCUCAAUUUCAAAGCUACAGAGCUGAGGCUAGGUCUUCCUGAGUCUCAAUCCCCCGAGAGAGAAACUGAUUUCGGUUUGCUAAGCCCGAGAACACCUGAUGAGAAACUUCUCUUCCCACUGCUACCUUGUAAAGACACUGCUGCUUCUGCUACUACGGAGCACAAGAAUGUUGUUUCUGGAAACAAAAGAGGAUUCGCUGACACUUGGGACGAGUUUUCGAGUGUUAAAGGUUCUGUUCGACCAGGAGGAGGAAUCAACAUGAUGCUGUCGCCAAAAAUUAAGGAUGUCCCUAAGAGUAUUCAAGAAGAAAGAUCUCAUGCUAAGGGCGGUUCGAACAAUGCACCAGCGGCCAAGGCACAGGUUGUUGGUUGGCCUCCAAUCAGAUCAUACAGGAAGAAUACAAUGGCUUCUUCUACUUCGAAGAACACUGACGAGGUUGAUGGGAAACCUGGUCUUGGUGCUUUGUUUGUGAAAGUGAGCAUGGAUGGUGCUCCUUAUCUGAGAAAGGUCGACUUGAGGACUUACACUUGCUAUCAACAGUUGUCUUCUGCACUUGAGAAAAUGUUCAGCUGCUUCACUCUUGGUCAAUGUGGACUUCAUGGUGCUCAAGGGAGGGAACGAAUGAGCGAGAUCAAACUGAAGGAUCUCCUUCAUGGAUCAGAGUUUGUGCUUACUUACGAAGACAAAGACGGUGAUUGGAUGCUUGUUGGAGAUGUCCCGUGGGAGAUAUUUACUGAAACAUGCCAGAAACUGAAGAUCAUGAAGGGCUCUGAUUCUAUUGGGUUAGCUCCAGGUGCAGUGGAGAAAUCGAAGAACAAAGACCGGGUUUGAAACAAAGAAGCUCAAGACCUAAAAACACUAUGCACAGUUCCAAUGUUUAAGUCUUAUUUACUGAUGUUUGAAAACUCUUUAGUAUUUUACUAAUUUAUGUUGUAAGACUUUGGAAUUUCUUAUUUGUGUGUGUGCUUGUUCAGAACAAAUACAUUCUUCUUAUGUGUGUUGCUUCUACCUUCUUCUUAUUUGGAAUCUCCAAGACUUUUUUCUCAA